GGCGUCGAGGGGUUCAGUGCCACGCACCUGUUGUGGACGGCCGAAGAGCCGCUCUCGGGCCUGCGCGUGGCCCGGACGUACAUGCUCGGCACGGGCCGCGUCGCAGCGCGCAUCGUGGACAAGGACGCGCUCGUACACCCGGUUUUCGAGAAGCUGGAUCGGUACGACGACGCGCUCGACAAUGGCAAGGACGUGCGCUUAGUCCUUGCGCUCUACGAAGCCGUGCUGCAGGCGCACGCGGAAGCGAUCGAUGCGUUUGUUGCCGAGGCCAAGACGCAGGCGGCGGACAGAAGCAGCAGCGUGCAAGCGGCCGCACUCAAUGCGCUGCGCCGUCUCGUGGCGCCGUUGGAAGCAACGUAUGUGUUGCCAGCCGCGUACCUCGAGACGCAUUUUCAUGUCACGCUCGAGUGCUUGGAUGCGUGUGGCGAGCCGGUCACCGAGACGACUGUCGGAAAGUGGAGCCAGUGGUAUUUGGCGACGUCGCUUUCGCACGUGCCGAGUCAGUGCGCCGCGAUGCAGCCGCUCGGGUCGCUCGUGGUCGGCGACACACUCCUCUUGCAGAAGCCGACGAGGACGCAUCUGGUCGUGACGCGCGGCUUUGAGUACAUCAAGACGUGGACGCAAGCGGGCAAGGAAGCCGAUUUCGCGAGCCACCUCGAUGACGCGUUGGCGUCCGAGCACAUGCUCGUCGACACGCUUCGACUUGGGAAGGAACUCGGCGAUGCCAUUCCCAAGGCGCUCUUGCUUGUGCAGUGCCCGCACUUGCCGCUCCUCCACGGCGUGCUCAAGACAUAUACGAGCGGGCUUGUCUUUCAGAGCGCCAAUUGCAACCCGAUCGUGAUCUCGUUUGCCAACGACGUCGCGUCACUCCAAGUGCUCUCGACGCCGGACGACGCGCUCCUCCUCCUCCUCGUCGAGUUUCGGGACCGCGAGGCGAACCCUGUGCGCGCGAGCUUCCCACUCACGCUGCUCGGGUCCAGCAUCGCGCUGCCGCUCGUCGCCAACUCGCGCAUGCAAGCGGAUGUGAUGCGCCUCUUGGAGACGUGGAAAGCAUCACUUAUGCGUCUCGACAUCCCCUUCCACCGUCCCCACGCCGGGGCGAGAAGGACGUGCCAACGCACUUUACGCCGGGUAUUCAGCGCGUCCUCGGGCUCGAUCCCGAUGCGGCGACAAAGCAGCGUCUCUUUCCGCACUGGUACAUCUCGAAAGCGGUCGCGCAAGUCUCGAGCUGGGCCAAGCCCAAGACGACAUCCAAGCUACUGA